CCAAUCACGGCAGAGAAUGCGAAGCGCUCACCUAAACAGUUGGAUUUCAAAUUCAAACGGACGGAGACGGCGGAUCUAAGGAGUAUUCAGCGAAAAGACGGACUUAUUUUACGCUGAAUAUGUCCAGACUGCCAGUCAUGUCAACAAAACGGGUUCUCACCAGCAGCAGCUCGGAGAACUCCCAGGAUAUGGCUCCUGUCCAGAAGAAAAUGCGUAAGGAUCAAGAUCCGCAGAAACCUCAGACAGCGACCACGAUCAUUGGAGACAAGCGGCCGCCAGCAGCAGCCAGGGCGUCUCUCUAUAGACCAGUCAGAGGUGUAGGAGCUGCUACUGUUGCUGUCGCUCCAUCCAGAGGUGUCCCGAAGCAGGUGAAAGCUUCAUCUGCUCCAAAAGCUGCGAGCGUCAAACAACAAGCAGCAACGAAACCUGCUGGGACCGGACCCACCCGUCGUCAGCCAUGGGACCUGAAGGGUAAAGUUAGCGACAUGGAGAGUAAGAUCCGCACCUAUCAGACCAAGAUCAAGUCUUUAAGCGAAGAGAAUGAGGUGCUGAAAGGCUCCUUGGCUCAAAGUAAAACAAAAGCGGCUGAACUGGAGAGAGAGGUUGAGAGACAGAGAAGGAAAAUCAGUGAGUUUGAGCAGGAACAGCAGAGGUUAUCUGGAGUUCAGAGUGAACUGGAGAAAGUCUCGAGUGAGAAGAACGUUCUUCAGAAGGAGCUGUCCAAUUUAGAACAGAAAUACAAAGUCAAUGAGACGCUGCGGGAAAGUCAGGAGAUGGAGCUGCAAACUCUGAAGAUGAAACAGUCGGUGCAGGAAACAACAAUGGCCCGACUGCAGGCCACCCUGAAAGAGACGGAGGAGCUAGUCACCUCAAUGAAGGAGACGGUGGCGGAUCAGAAGGACGAGCUUCACGCUGGGGAGAUGGAACGCCGCCAGCUCCACAACACCAUCCAGGAGCUGAAGGGGAACAUCAGGGUAUUUUGUAGAGUUCGUCCUCUAGAAGACGGAGGCCUGACUAAACACAUCCAGCUGGCACCCAGCGAUAACAAAUCUAUAAUCCUGGCCAAAACUGAGGAGUCUCAUACGGGUAAAACUGCAGACACUCAGAAGAAUUACCACUUCAGUUUCGAUCGGGUGUUCGGGCCUCAAGCUUCACAGCAGGAGAUCUUUGAUGAGAUCUCCCUGCUGGUGCAGUCGGCUCUGGACGGAUACAACGUCUGCUGCUUUGCCUACGGUCAGACAGGAAGUGGGAAAACCUACACCAUGGAGGGAGAGGAGGUCGACGACACCAGGGGCGUCAUUCCCAGAGCCGUGCAGCAGAUCUUCAGAGCCGGGGCCAAGCUGCAGUCGCAAGGCUGGGAGUUCUCCUUCACCGCGAGCUUCGUUGAAAUUUAUAACGAGACCCUGCGGGACCUCUUAUACUCCGGCAAGGCCAGCAAGAGGCCAGAACACGAGAUCCGAAAGGCCGCCAACAACGAGGUGACCGUCACCAACCUGACCUACGAAAAGGUCUACUCCGAAGAUCAGGUUCUUGGUUUGAUCGCGUUGGCUAAACAGAACCGCUCCACGGCCCAGACAGCCCUGAAUGACCGCUCUUCCCGUUCCCACUCGGUAUUUCAGCUGCAGAUCGAGGGAGUGAACUCUGGCAGGGAUGUCAAAUGCAAGUCCAUUCUUUGCCUGGUGGACCUGGCCGGCAGCGAGCGAAUGGUGAAGAGUCAGUCUCAGGGAGAGCGCUUCAAAGAGAUGACCUCCAUCAACAGCUCCCUGUCCAACCUGGGCAUCGUCAUCACUUCUCUGGCCAACAAGGAGAGCCACGUUCCAUACAGAAACACCAAGCUGACCUACCUGCUGCAGAACUGCCUCGGAGGAAACAGCAAAACGUUGAUGUUUGUGAACAUUUCUCCAGAACCAGACAGCUUUGGAGAAACACUCAACUCUCUGAGGUUUGCCAGCAAGGUCAACGAUUGUAUCAUCGGAACCGCCAGCUCCAACAAGAAGUAGAUUUAUUAAAACUGUUGUUUUAAUAUUUUUAUACUUUUGUCUAUAAUCACACCAUGAGGUGUUUGUACCUGUUUUAUCGACCAACGCUGUGUGCAGUUUGGUUCUUAAUGUGGUGCCAAAUGAACUGAACUUCAGAACUGAAAGCUUUUGUAACUGCUCAGGUCCACAUUAGUAAUCACUAACAGGCUUUUUAUUGGGUUUUUUUCUUACCAGUGUCUGUAAAUCGGCCCGAGCUGGACCUGUACAUAUUUGUCUGUCAACGUUUUGUAACCUUUGACUGAUACAUUAGAUAUCCAUCAUCAUCAUUCCUGUUUGUUUUUUUUUUUUUGGAAAAAGAUCCAUUUCAUUCAGUUAUUUCAGCUUUGUUUGGUUUUUUUGUCCGUAUGAAUAAAUGCAGACCAUUUUAAAAUAA